UCCGAAGUCUCUGUCUCUCCACUGAUCUUGAAACACCGUUGAUACAAUGAUGAACGUGCUCAUCGAUACUGAGAGUGGCUCAUCGUUCUCCAUUACUGUUGAUAUCUGGGAGACAGUGUUAAAGAUAAAAGAAAAGAUCGAGAAGUCUCAAGGUAUCCCUGUUUCCAAACAAACCCUUUACUUCCAAGGCAAGGUUCUUCAAGAUCAUGUUGAUAAGUUUGAUUGCACGAUCCUAUUCGACUCUCGUCUCCUUCUCUCCAUCUCUCCCGAGGAAAACCCUAAUCAGAACAACGAUCAAAUGCUUAUAGAUUCAGCGACAGGCAAAAAGAUCACGAAGGUGAUGGCGAGGAGAAUCCACAAUGAAUAUUCAUCAGGACCGGCAUAUUCACUUGAUGAGUUACUUGCCCCUCAAGAUUCAACAAUGAAGGUGACGGUUGGGAAUCAAGUAGUUCAAACCACCGAGCAAUCUCCACCGUCAGACUCAGCCAAAGAGAAACUGACAGUAUAUGUGAAGCCAUAUGAAGAUGAUCCCAGGAUCGUUCAAGUAGAGGUUAACGCAGAUGAUAACGUUGAAGAACUGAGGAAAGAGCUGGUUAAGAUGCAAGAGAGGGGUGAGUUAUAUCUGCCUCACGAAGGGUUUUACUUAGUAUACAGUGCGUUACCAUUGACCGAAUCUGAGUCAUUCAAGUGGAACCUUGUUGUUGACGGUGAUAGAAUUGAGAUUAUCAGCAAGCUACCAUCUUUUAACAGUCUCCUCUCUCCUUAAAGCGUUUAGUCUUUCUUCAAGUUUUAUUGCUUUGUUCAAAGCUCAUAGCUUUCUGAAAAUAUGCUAAGACAUGUAAUUACCAAUAUUGUUGUUGUUUAAAGAAGAGAAACGAGUUCUUGUUUAGUUACAUCUUUUCGAAAUUAGCGAUCAA